AUGGAGAAGAAGGCUAGAUGGUUGUUUGGUGAGGUUUGGCCUUUGAAUGAAGUAGGAGAAGGAGCACAGUGGAAAACCCAAAAGUUCGCUGCUUUUCCUACUUCCCCAAUGUCCCCUUCAACGAAUCUCUGGGUGUUUGGCAGAGAAAGAGAGAUGCAAUCGGAGCAAGUGGAAUCGAAUGAUAAAAGGGGAAAGCAUCGGAUUUUGGCUGAAUUGAAGCGACUUGACCAACAAAUUCGCUUCUUACAGGAAGAACUAGAACUGCUUGGUAAACUGGAGAAGGCAUCAGCUGCUUGCAAGGAAAUGCUAAGCAAAGUGGAAACUCGGCCAGAUCCACUACUACCAGCAACAAAUGGUCCCGCAAAUCCUUCCUGGGAUCGAUGGUUUGAAGGACUAAAUGAUACAACAGGUUGCAGAUGUUGGAUAUGGUGA